UAUACCGUAACUUGAACAUGAAAAUAAAUUUCGAGAUAGUCAUUGUAAUUUUAACAUUGUUAUUUAUUAACGCACAUGGAGAAAGAAGUGUAGCAUUUGUCAUUGAUGAUUCCUAUUCAAUGAACGACGAAAUCGAACAAGUGAAAAUGCAAACAGAACAAGUGUUUGAAGCAGUGUUUGAAAGUGACGAAAGCAAAUUUAACAAUUAUGUUUUAGUGACGUUUAAUGAUCCCUCCAGUGAAGUUAGAAUUAUAACAAACUAUUCACAACAAUUCAAAAAAUAUUUGUCUACAAACAUAAAUCUAAUAGAAAACCCAGAUUGUCCGGAAAUGGCUAUGCUGGGUAUUCUGAACGCCUUGAACGCUUGUCCGAGCAAUUCAGUUAUAUACGUGUUCACUGACGCCGCUGCAAAAGAUUAUUAUAAGUUUGAAGAAGUCAAAAGUCUCAGUCUAAAGAAAUCAAUUCAGGUUACAUUCCUAUUGACUGGGAUCUGCCCUGACACCAGUUUGACAAGCGAGGAGUAUGUAGCGUACUAUAAGCUAGCUGAGGCGACAUCGGGGCAAGUCUUUCACUUGAGCAAGUCCAACAUCGAUAAGUUCGACGUCGACAGCAAAACGAGCAAUAUUAUGAUUUCGGCCUCGAAAAUUGGGGAAGUUAUUGAGUCGAUUAAAAUGGCUCCGAGUAUGUCGCUACAUGUUUUGGAUUCAGGAAAUAAUGUUGUUAAAUACGACAUUAUCAUGAAUUCAAAAUAUAUUAUGAUAGUAAAAUUACAUGAUGUGAAACCUGGACCUUACAAAGCAAAAUUGGAUUGUAGUCAUGAUGGUUUACGUACCUACAUGGCUGUGAAGGGCACUACCUCUAUAUCAUUUGUGCACGGAUUUUCGGAAGAUAAGCCUAGCUCACUAGAAGAAACGUCCACACUGCCGCUUUCUGGAGACAAAACAUUUCUGGCCAUUGCUCUUGAAAAUCCAAAGAGAGAAUAUGUUAAAUUAGAUAUGAUAGAGCUUAUUGAUGUGAAUAACACGAUAAUACAGACAGCAAUAGCACUGGUGUUAGUUGAUGAUGAAAAGCAGUUCUAUGUGACUGAAAAAAUUAAUAUACCAGACAAAAUGUUCAAGAUAAAAGUGCAUGGACAAACAAAAGCAAAGGAAAAAGUAGCUCGACUUGGAAAGACGUUUAUCGAACUUAAAAAAAGUUUUGGAAAGAUUACCGACAAAUCACCUAAAGUAACUAUAAUAGGUGACACAGAAAUCGUCGCUGAACCAAAUACACUGGUUACUUUUAAAUGUAGUGUUGAAGCUUACCCUAAGCCUGAAAUCGUCUGGGAAAAAGAUAAAGGAGACAAGUUUGAAACUGAAGUAGUUACUGUAGAUUUAACAGAACCACCGCAUAUAGAAGAUACAAAGAUAAAUGUAUCUAGUUUAGAAGGAAGUAUGAUAGAAAUUCCUUGUAAUGUUAUUGAAGGAUAUCCACCACCUUCAGUUGAAUGGUUUAGAAAAAAUAUUAAAAUAAGCAACGGCAGAAAAUACCAAAUUCUCGAGGAUUAUACACUAAGGUUUCAAGCAGAAGUAUCUGGCAACGAGGUUUUUACCUGCGUAGCAAAAAAUAAUGCUGGCCAAUAUAAAAAACAUACAAAUGUUACUGUUUAUGUAAAACCAACAAUCAAGAAUGCAGGUAAAGAUGUAAAUAUUCCUGCGCAAAAAGUGGUAGACUUAGAAUGUCUAGUUACAGGCUUUCCAAAACCGGAAGUCAGAUGGUUGAAUAAUUCUGAAUAUAUUGAGAGUGGAUCCAAAGUACAGAUGUUUAGAGAUCACAAAUUAAGGUUCAAAGCCACAAUUUUCGACACAGGUAACUACACUUGUCAAGCCACAAACUCCGUAGGAGAAGAUAAAAUAACAUUUCAUGUGAAUGUAUACGAACCAGCUGAAGUUGCCCGGCCUAGGAUGACCUAUUACAAGAUUGAGUUGGGAACACCUCUAAGCUUAGCAUGUUCGGCACCUAAUGGAUACCCGAAGCCAGAUGUUGAGUUGUUCCACCUUCCAAAGGAUAAAAAUUCACGACUGUCACCGCUUAAACUAAAAAACAAAAAAUAUAAACUACAACGAGCUAAAAGAACUGAUGGGGGUUAUUACAUAUGCUCUGCUAAAAAUGAUUAUAGUUUAAGUAAUUUUACUUAUACCGUCGAAAUUCAAGAGAAACCCCAAAUAGACAAGACUACAUCUGAAUAUAUCGCUAUUGAGGGUGAUCCUUUGCUGAUGAUUCCAUGUAAUGCGAGUGGAAUAAUUCCCAAACCGAGUUUUACUUGGAUAAGAGAUGGUGAUUACGUAGCUAACCCUUCCGAAACUAAUGAUGGAACACUUAUUUUGCUCAAACCUGUUCCAAAUAUGAGUGAUUCUUAUCUAUGUGAAGCUAAAAAUGAGGUUGGUAAGGACACCCAUUACGUGGAUGUAGCAAUACUUCCGUAUCCAGAGCCAACGCCGGGCCGUAACGACGUAAAACGGCCAGAUGUCACAUUACAUGAAGGAAUACGAAGUGCAGUACCAUGCAGUAAUAAGCCUUUACGGCUUAUCGACCAAGUACGGUGGUAUAAGGAUCGAAAAUUAAUCUCCCGUGAAAAAAUCUUGUUAAUCAAUCCAUCUGUCAGUGAUAAUGAUAAAUAUAUUACAUGUCGAGUAAGUUAUGAAAGUAACUCCGUGUCGUAUUACACCCAUGUCGUAGUAAAGUCUUGAGCCUGAUAAUAGUAGAAUUUGGAUUGAUCAUUAUGGGACCGUUGA